UUUCUUUACAAACUAAACUAAACUUUUUCAACCUUCAUCAUCCCUUACCCAAUUAAAUAUGGAGAAUUCUUGGUUUUUUCUAGCCUUGGUAGGGCUAGCUGCAUUAGCUUUUCUCUGUAAACUUACCACUACCCGACGCCCGGAUAACCGGAAGCUACCACCAGGUCCAAAACCAUGGCCCAUCAUUGGAAAUUUGAACCUACUUGGUUCCAUCCCGCAUCAAUCUUUUGACUUGCUUUCCAAGAAAUAUGGAGAGUUGAUGCUGCUGAAAUUUGGCUCCAGGCCGGUACUUGUGGCAUCAUCUCCUGAAAUGGCAAAACAAUUUCUAAAAAUACAUGAUGCAAAUUUCGCCUCCCGUCCUCUGCUAGCUGGUGGAAAGUAUACAAGCUAUAACUAUUGUGACAUGACAUGGGCACCCUAUGGUCCCUAUUGGCGCCAAGCACGACGAAUUUACCUCAACGAGAUAUUUACCCCAAAAAGGCUAGACUCGUUCGAGUACAUUCGUGUUGAAGAAAGGCAGGCCUUAAUUUCCCAGCUACAUGCCCAUGCUGGAAAGCCGUUUUUCCUCAAAGACCAUUUGUCACGGUUUAGCCUGAGCAGCAUGACAAGGAUGGUUAUGAGGAACAAGUAUUUUGGUGAAUCAACAGUUAGGGCGGAAGAUUUGCAGCACCUGGUAGACCAAUGGUUUUUACUUAAUGGUGCUUUUAAUAUUGGAGACUGGAUUCCAUGGCUCAGCUUCUUGGACCUACAGGGCUAUGUGAAACAAAUGAAGGCUUUGAAAAGAACUUUUGAUAAGUUCCACAACAUUGUCCUAGAUGACCACAGGGCUAAGAAGAAUGCGGAAAAGAACUUUGUCCCAAAGGAUAUGGUGGAUGUCUUGUUGCAGAUGGCUGAAGACCCUACUAUGGAAGUCAAACUCACUAAUGACUGUGUGAAAGGGUUAAUGCAGGAUCUACUAACUGGAGGAACAGAUAGCUUGACAGCAGCAGUGCAAUGGGCUUUUCAAGAACUUCUUAGACAGCCAAGGGUUAUUGAGAAGGCAACCGACGAGCUUGACCUGGUUGUGGGGAAGGAGAGAUGGGUAGAAGAGAGAGAUUUUUCACAGCUGUGUUACAUUGAAGCAAUCAUCAAGGAAACACUAAGGUUACAUCCUCUUGGAACUAUGCUAGCACCACAUUGUGCUAUUAAAGAUUGUAACGUGGCCGGUUAUGACAUAGAGAAAGGAACGAUCGUUCUGGUGAAUGCUUGGACAAUUGGAAGGGACCCCAAGUACUGGGAUAGAGCACAAGAGUUUCUCCCCGAGAGGUUCUUAGAAAAGAACAUUGACAUGGAUGGACAUAACUUUGCUUUCUUGCCAUUUGGCUCGGGGCGAAGGAGGUGCCCUGGCUAUAGCUUGGGACUUAAGGUUGUCCGAGCAACUUUAGCCAACAUGUUGCAUGCAUUCAACUGGAAACUACCUGAAAGUAUGAAGCCAGAAGGCAUAAGUGUGGAAGAACAUUAUGGGCUCACCACACAUCCUAAGUUUCCUGUUCCAGUGAUCUUGGAACCUAGACUCUCUUCACAUCUCUAUCUUGGUACCUAGACUCUCUUCACAUCUCUAUCUUGGUACCUAGACUCUCUUCACAUCUCUACUCCCCUAUCGCUUGAUCCUAAGUGCUUCCUGUUAUAGCAUAUCCUUGUUCCUCUAAGAAAUAGUGGAUAGUUCGUACCAUAGGAAGAAACCUAUGCCUAAAGUUUUGGAUUACUAUUACUAAAAGUGAACAACUUUUUGGUA